AUGUCGACCAAGCGUAAACGCCGUGUGACACGCUCAGGUACUGAGUGUCUCGAGCCAAUUAUGCAGGAUCGGGACAACACAACCUCCUUGCAUGACAUUGCGACCGACCCUACACAAACCCUGUUGUCAUUUCUACCAGAGGCAUCAGAUACACUAUCUAAAACCAAACAUUCCGACCUAAUUGGCUCGUUUACACCUCUCUUCGUCUCAGAAAGUCAAGAGCAGCUAUUGCUUCACGAGUUCGUACAGCGCUCUCCGCCAGACCACAUAAUCGCCGAAUUUACCCGCCAUAUACAAACUGGCAAGCAGCUUUCAUGGUUCCAGCAAGUUGUACCAGAGCUAAGACCUGGCGUUGAAGGUGACACUGAAUGGUUGGAAGCCGCACGUGAGCUGCUGUGGAAUGACGAUCUCAGAGCGCAACACAAGGAACGCCACGAGAAAAUGACCAAGUUGAACCAAUCCAUCUCACAACUACCUCCAGAGAAUUAUGAGUUACGACAAUCUUGGUCAUUCAUCGUCAAGCUCCUACAACCAAUAAGCCAUCAAAUGGCUGUCGCCUUGGACGGGGUUUCCCAUCUGCUCGGAAGGAGCGAUUGCCUGCUGUUGGACCCUGAUGGAGAGUGGUUCCAAGCUCCGUAUGGAUGUAUCCGAUCAGAGCAGACCCAUGUUGUUGUUCUACAAGCUUUACAGGAUAAGAUCCUCAGUCCAGUGAUCGAUGACUUAACCCAAAGCCUCAAAGACAUCGACAAUAAAGUCACGAAUGAUUCAGAAUACUGCCCUGGUGUCACAUCCGAUGAAGAUGAUGGCAAGUUUUCUGGGCAGCAAAGUGAAUCAGAGCGAACUCUUCAGCAUAUGUACAAACUGAGGGUAGCAUUGCAAAGCGUACGAGGAAUUAUUGUGGUUGAGAAAGACGAAUGCGAUCGUGGUAUAGCCAAGAGAGCUGGAUUAAGCAGCGGAUGGAACUUCCAAAAGAUUCGGAUGUUCCCUUGGCAUGAUGUGAAGAACCUUGGCCACAACAACGACCUAAAAUUGCUUGAACAACGUAGAUGGUACUACGACGAAACUGAAACGUGA